AUGGCUGAACAUAUGAGAUGGCAUGCAACUGAAUGUCCUAAGGAUGAGUUUAUGAGACAUCCUUCAGAUUCUCCCGCAUGGAAGCAUUUGGAUAAUUUAUAUCCGGAUUUUGCGUCAGAAAUUCGAAAUGUCCGAUUAGGGUUAGCCAGUGAUGGAUUUAAUCCUUUUGGGAAAAUGAGGAAUGAUCAUAGCACAUGGCCUGUGGUGCUUUCUGUUUAUAAUUUGCCACCUUGGAUGUGCAUGAAGCAACCAAAUUUGUUAUUGUCUUUGUUAAUACCAGGACCGCGCAGUCCUGGUAAAGAGAUUGAUGUAUACAUGCGUCCAUUGAUUGACGAGCUGAAUGAGUUGUGGGAGGUGGGCAUUCCCACUUAUGAUGCGUUUUCCAACCAAAGUUUUACGAUGAAGGCUGCCGUGUUAUGGACCAUAAGUGAUUUUCCGGCUUAUGGAAUGUUGUCAGGAUGGAGUACACAUGGUUAUAAAGCUUGUCCACAUUGCAUGCAUGAUAAAGAAUCUAUUUACUUGCCAGCGAGUCGCAAGAUUUGUUAUAUGGGGCAUCGACGAUUUCUUGAAGAUAAUCAUAGGUUUCGAAGGCAAACCAUCACUUUUAAUGGUCGUCGAGAGCAUCGUACUGCACCAAGGCAGUGGACUGGUUUACAAUGUCUCGAAGAACUUUCUACAUUGAGAUUUACUUUUGGAAAACCAAACAAGGAUGCUUCAGUUGGGCAACGCAGAAGAAGAGCUUCGAGCAGUACAAGUAGUAACAGUCAGUGGAAGAAGAAAUCGAUUUUUUAUGAACUACCUUAUUGGAGGCAUCUCUUGAUUAGACACAAUCUUGAUGUUAUGCAUAUCGAGAAGAAUAUAUGUGACAGUGUGGUGGGAACAUUGCUAGAUAUAGAAAAGUCUAAAGAUGGAUUGGCGGCACGUGCAGAUCUUGAAUUCUUGAACAUAAGACAUAGUCAACACCCACGUAGAGAAGGAAAUAGAACAUUUCGACCUCCAGCAUUGUUCACAUUGAAAAGAGAAGAAAAAACUGCGUUUUGUAAAGUAUUGUCUACUAUUCGGGUCCCAGAUGGAUAUUCAUCAAAUCUGUCACGAUGUGUGCACGUGAAUGAACGAAAAAUACAUGGGUUGAAAAGUCAUGAUUGCCAUGUUUUAAUGCAGCAGUUACUCCCGCUUGCAAUACGCCCGGUUUUGCCUAAAGCUGUUACUAUGGUUUUAUUAGAGUUGAGUGCAAUUUUCAGACAGUUAUGUAGUAAGAAGGAGUCUGAGGAAGGAUUUAAGCAACUGAAUUCAAGAAUUGCCUUGACAUUAUGUCAACUUGAGAAAAUAUUCCCUCCUGCAUUUUUUGAUAUAAUGGUGCACCUCCCAGUUCACUUGGCAGAUGAAGCAGCGCUUGCAGGCCCUGUUCAAUAUAGAUGGAUGUAUCCAAUUGAACGGUAUUUGCAAACACUGAAGCGCUAUGUUCGUAAUAAGGGUCGUCCUGAAGGUUCUAUUGCUGAAGCAUAUUUGGUGGAUGAGUGCUUGUCAUUUUGUUCCAUGUAUCUUAGAGACGUUGAGUCUCGUCGUACCCGUAGAGGCCGAAAUGAAGAUGGGAUUGGACGUGGAGUAUCUGGUGGGUUAUCAAUUUUUGACUCGAAAGGAUGUUAUAUGGGUUCAGGAGAAAAUGUGGAGCUCAAUCUAAAUGUUCUUGAUCAGUGCCAUAGAUACAUUCUAAAUAAUUGUGAUGAAGUUAGCCCAUUUAGAAGGCAACAUGAAGAAUUCUUGAAAACUAAAUAUCGUCGAGAAAGGUUAACUAUGCGACAAAUUAAAGAGCUAAGCAAGAAAGAAUUUCCAGAAUGGUUCAAGCAACAUAUGAAUUCAAGAUAUGAUGCUAAUGACACAUUGAUAUCUCAAGACUUGCAUUGGCUAGCUAAUUAUCCUAGUAGGGUUGUGAGCAGAUACAAAAGUCACAUUGUUCAUGGAUUUAGAUUUCGUAUAAAAUCUGUGGAUGAUAAGCAUAAGAAUCAAAACUGUGGUGUCUUUGUACCUGCAAAUGUUCCUGGAGCAAUUGGGCAAGUAAAUUGUUAUGGCAGAGUUGUAGAUAUGUUUGAGGUCAAAUAUUGUGGUCCUACUGAAGCAGGAGAUAGGGGUCGAGCUGUGAUGUUAUUUAAGUGCGAAUGGGUUAAUAGUGAAAGUCCACGAGGAAUGAAGACUGAUCAAUAUGGAUUUACUAUGGUGAAUUUCAAUCAAUUGGGAUUUAAAGAGGAUCCUUUCAUACUAGCAUCACAAGCAUUACAGGCAUUUUACGUGGAGGACACGAUUGAAAAAGAUUGGCACGUAGUUGUUCGAACUCAGCCAAGAGAUUUAUUUGACGUAUUAGAGGAUAGUGAUGCUAUUGAUGAUUAUGACACGCCGAACUUGGAUGAUCGAAUUCUUGAUAAUGAAAAUUUUCAUACAAGGGUUGGCGUGGAAGAGACUCCCUUUCUUGAAUCAUUAGCGUUGCCUACCGGGUUCGUUAAUCAUGCCAAUACCGACGAAGAGCUAACAGAUGAUGACAGGGAAUAA